UUCAACAUGAGCAUCAGCACUUUCAACUUCCAGUUCUACAACUACAAGCUGAGUCCCUCGUCGCCGGACUUCGGCAGUCCAGGGGCCUCCCUCUCCUCCUCAUUCAUCAGCGAACUGGAAAUGGACAUUGACGAGGACAUGUCCACCCGGCCGCCACCGACCAUCACCUCCACCCCCAAGCCGCGAUUCACAACCCAACUGGCCGUGGAAUUGGCCAAAGCGGAGGAGCCCGGUAAUGGCAUUUCCCCGCUGCGUCCCAAAUUGCAUACGGCCCAGAAGCGCUGGUCCAUGGAGCUGAGGGAGAAGGUACUGGAAAUGUCCAAGCGAAAUAAUGGCCAGGAGAAACCACAGACCACAGGGCAGCGGGAGCAACAUGAGCCACUGCAACAGGAGCAACGGCCAGAACAGGAGCAACAUCCCGAGCCGGAGCAGAAACCCACUGUCACCGACAAAAUCAACUUUAACAAGCUGACCAACACCUUUGAGUCGGGUUUCAACAAACUGCUGCAGCCAGGUGGCGCCACCAACAACCGCUUCAUAGCCAUGUUGCGCACCACCCGUCAGAACAUAGCCACCACCACCGCCAACAGCAGCACCGCCAACAGUUUCCUGGGCAGCAGUGGGUCCCUCAACGGCGGUCAAGUGCCACCGCCCAAGCCCAAAAGACUGUUUGCCACGCCCCAUGCGCCAGACAUGGGCGUGGGCAAGGGGGGCAUCCUACGCAAGAGAUCCCUGCGCCAACCCUCGAUGGACAAGUCCAGGGCCACCAUUCUGAGGCAGAACACCAAUGUCACGGUGAGAACCCAGAACCACGCCAUCAUGGAAGAUCUUAGCCUAGUGGUUCCUGUGAGAUUGCGCAUCGCAGAGUACGAGCAACGCAUCUCAAUGAGUGCCUAAGAUCAGGAAUCCCUAAUAUAUAUUGUAAAUUAAGGUUCCCAAGGAUACUCCUUACUUUAGUCUAAGUUAGCCUAAGCUUUUAAAGACAAUUCCAAUAUAUA